UCUGCCUGCACCUGACAGCCACUCUCAGUGGCAGCACUGGAACCACACCAGCCCCGGCGGACUCUGCAUUGCAGGCAGCCCGGGCCCGGCAUGCAGACUGACUCUGAGUCUGGAUGUCCGGAUGUAUCCUGCUCGGCUUGCCUGAGGUCUUCUCCCCGUAGAAGGAGGACUGGCUGAGGGGAGGGGCUGUGUCCUGUCUCCAGCACCCUAUCAGAGCGGCCUGAUGACCCGCCUGACCUUGUCCCUGUCUACUGGGGUCCCCUCUUCGAAGCAACACUGUCUCCUGCCACAUUCUUCUCUGGGCACAAGUCCAGCCCACAGCGAGAGGGAGAACUGGCUGGAUCUGAGAUUCGUUCAUAAUUAACAGCAGCCACCUGAAGUCCUGCUGCCAGCUCAGGGUCCUCAGGGGCAGGGAGAUGCCCCACAUGCCUCCUCUGUUUUCGAUGGGCUGACUCUUCCCGGGCUCAGCACAUCUUGGAGUCCCAGCCCCCUCGGUGGCUUUGGGCUUUCCACAGUAUUGAUGUCAACAGUUGUGCACUCAUCUGCUCUGCCAACUAGAGGUCUAGGAGCCUAACUCUAUAGUUCUGUUUUUUUUGUGGUUGUUUGGUUUGUUUUUUUUUGUAUACUGGGGAUUGAACUCAAGACCUUGAGCUUUUGAGGCAGGCGCUGGAACCACUGAGCUAAAUCCCUGGCUGUGAGCCUAACUCUGAACACAGUGUAAAACGUUCCCUGAAUUUGUGCUUCACUGCGUGCACCACCAGCCACGUAGGAGCGCAGGGUCUGACCUGCACCUUCCUGAUGCCCAAGGUCUCCACGUGGAUUGGUUGGUUACGUGGGUGGCUGCUGUCACUUUCUGGCUGCCAUCUGCUCGUGGCCAUCCUCAGCCUUGCCUCCACCUGGACUUACUCCCUUGCUGACUUGCUGCUGGCUGCCCAUCCCAGCUGUGGAGCUGCUCUGCCCCUCUGGAUUCUGAGCACCUGUCCAGAGGCUGCAGGAAGAAGCCAGUGAGGGACCCACUUGCCUCCCAUCUCCCACCCCUUUGUCUGCCCCUCAGGGUGAAGAGAGCUUCCAGGUCCUGGCGGGGACAGAAGGGGACAGCUUCCCACUGAUGGAGGUGGGCACUUGUGAGGCAGAGCCCUCUGAGCAGUGGGACUUCAUCCUUGUGGCCAAGUACCACGCAGAGAUGAGACUCAGGCAGGCUGAGCGGCAGAAGCAGUUCCUGGAGGAGCUCAAGAGAAGAGGCUUCCGUGUCAAGGUGAGAGAGGACCAGAGACACGUGUUCUUCGGGAUCCGAGCUGACAACAGGAUCUUCGACUUGUACCGCACCCUCCUCGUGGAGCCAGAGGAUCCUGCCCCGAGCCUGGAGCAGGCCAGGCCGACCACUGUCCCAGCCACUACAAGAAUCCGAAUUGUGAACUUCGUCCUGAACAGCAAGACAGCAACUGGUGACACCUUCGAGGACUUGGUGAAAGACGGGGUCUUUGAGGCCAGGUUCCCCCUGCACAGGGGGGAGGAAGACCUGAGGGCGAAGUGGGCCCAGUGGAGAAACAUGUUCCAGGAGCAGCCAAUCGAUGCCAUCAGGGACUACUUCGGUGAGAAGGUGGCGCUGUACUUCGCCUGGCUCGGCUGGUAUACCUACAUGCUGGUGCCUGCUGCCGUGGUGGGCCUCAUCAUCUUUCUGAGUGGAUUUGCUCUGUUUAACUCCAGCCAGAUCAGCAAGGAGAUCUGUGGGGCUGCCAACGACACCUUCAUGUGUCCUAUUGGUGACAGCAACAGCUACCAGCGUCUGUUAGACACCUGCACUUUCGCAAAGAUCACUCACCUCUUUGACAAUGAGGGGACUGUGCUGUUUGCCAUCUUCAUGGCUCUGUGGGCCACUGCGUUCCUGGAGUUCUGGAAGCGGCGGCGAGCCAGCGUGGUGCUGCACUGGGACCUGUACGGGUGGGACGAGGAUCAGGAAGAAAUGGCGCUUGAGCUCAUGAACUGCCCCGACUACGAGCUCCGGCCACACCAGCACUCCUACUUGCGCAGCACCAUCAUCCUGGUCCUGUCUCUGCUCAUGAUCUGCCUCAUGAUUGGCAUGGCGCACUUGCUGGUGGUCUACCGUGUGCUGGCUGCCGCCUUCUUCGGCAACCUGGCCUGGCCCUUCCUGGAGAACCAGACCACCAAGGCUGUGGUGGUGACCACAGCCGUGGUGGUGACCGGGGCCCUGGUGCACUACCUGACCAUCGUCAUCAUGACUAAGGUCAACAAGCGUGUGGCCCUGAAGCUUUGCGACUUUGAGAAGCCCAGGACCUUCUCAGAGCGAGAGCGCAAGUUCACCAUCAAGUUCUUCACGCUGCAGUUCUUUGCCCACUUCUCCUCCCUCAUCUACGUCGCCUUCAUCUUGGGCAGGAUCAACGGUCACCCUGGGAAGUCCACGCGCCUGGCUGGCCUGUGGAAGCUGGAGGAGUGCCAUCUCAGCGGCUGCAUGAUGGACCUGUUUGUGCAGAUGGCCAUCAUCAUGGUCUUGAAGCAAACGCUCAGCAACUGCAUGGAGUAUCUGUGCCCGUGGCUGGCCUACAGGUGGCGCAUGCUGUGGGGCUGCUGGGCCGGCAACCCUGAGCUCCGGGACUGGCAGCGAAACUACCGCCUAAACCCAGUCACCACCUUCACCCUGUUCGAAGAGUUCAUGGAGAUGAUGAUCCAGUACGGGUUCACCACCAUCUUCGUGGCUGCCUUCCCCUUGGCGCCUCUGCUUGCACUCUUCAGCAACAUGGUGGAAAUCCGCCUGGACGCCAUCAAGAUGGUGCAGCUGCAGCGGCGGCUGGUGCCACGCAAGGCCAAGGACAUCGGGACAUGGCUGCAGGUACUGGAGACCAUCGGCGUGCUGGCAGUCAUUGCCAAUGGGAUGGUCAUCGCCUUCACCUCCGAGUUCAUCCCACGAGUGAUCUACAAGUACCGUGACAGCCCAUGCCAAAAGGAGCCCCACCGAAAAGUCGACUGCCUCACUGGCUACGUCAACCACAGCCUCUCUGUCUUCCACACGAAGGACUUCCAGGACCCCAAGAAGAUUCAGGGCCCCGAAAACGUGACUGUGUGCAGGUACCGGGACUACCGAGAUGAGGAGUACAACCUCACUGCACAGUUCUGGUUCCUCCUGGCCAUCCGCCUGGCCUUUGUCAUCCUCUUUGAGCACGUCGCCUUGUGCAUCAAACUCAUCGCCUCGUGGUUUGUGCCCGAUGUCCCCCAGUCGGUGAAAAACAAGGUUCUGGAGGAGAAGUACAAGAUGCUGAGGGAGAAGCUACGGUCCAGCUCCAAGAGCACAGAGGUGUAGGGGCCGGAAGCAGGCGGAAAGGCACUGGGCACCAGGAGCCAUCUCCACUUUCACUUCCCGUCUUGUUGGUGGCUGUGCAUGCGCGCUCGUGCACGUGGGGCUGUCAGAAGGCUCAUGCUUACGUGGGGACCUUGGAUGGGAGAGCGGUGCUAGUGUCCAUGUGUGUCCAUGUAUGUGGUGCUAGCGGUCCAUAGAGGAGCGUGUCCUGGGAGGCCCUUGUCUAUGGGGGGGGGGUUCACAGGAGUUCCACAUGUGUGUGGGGCCUGCGCCACCUCCCUCAGGGCGUGGGCAUGUACAGCACAGUCCUGCGUUUACUUCUGGGUCACUCUGGCACCUACAAAUUUGGGGAGUCCCUCAUGAAAUCUCAGGCAGCAAAGUUGGCCCAAGUUUCCUGGGCCUCCCCAACUUCUCAGCCCCAGGCCUGACCCACCCGAUCUUGCUGGUGCCACUGGCCCCAAGCCCAGCAUUCCGGCUGUCCCCUGAAGGGACUGGCUCCCCUGAUCAAGCAGAACUUUCUGUAAUAAAAUUAAGCCUGUUUGUGUUGA